AUGUACUGGGUAAAUCCUGAUCUCAUUCCCUUCAAUUCUACAACUGAUGGAGGCAUAGCUUUGAAUACUUCAGAGCCUACAAUGAUAUCAAGUGUUGACAGUGUUGUAUAUACACUUACUCUUAACUUCAGUUCAUUGCAAGCAUCACAAGUUGGAGAAUACAUUUGUGGAGCUUCACUGAAUGAUGGUACUGAUACUGUUAAUGUAACAUCAAAUUAUUCUGUAUCUGUUCAAGUACCUUCCCCUGUGGUCACAUCUAUUGUUAAUACAACAGGACGUAUUUUUGAGAGCAAUGAUAUUCAGUUAUUGUGCUUCGUCACUAUUACUCCACUGGAUGUUGAACCUAAUGUUAACGUUAACUGGUUUGGACCUAAUGGACUCAUUACAAUGAAUGAUGCUAAGUAUAGUGUUAGUACUGGGGAGAUCAACUCAACAACUAAUGGAAGUAGCUUAACAUUCACUGCAUCUCCAUCAGAUAAUGGAACUGAUUACUAUUGUACUGCUAGUGUUGGAUCUGCUAGUAAUGUGAACAGGUUUGAACUGAUUAUACCAUCAGAUACUGUUACAUCAACUAAUAAUACAGUCAUCGUCGAAAUUGUACCUCUACCAAUAGUGUCAUUUAAUGAUGAUGGUAUUCCAGUAACAGGAGACCCAUUCCAGUUAGUGUGUACUGGAACUGCACCAGUUAGUGCAUAUGUAUCAAGUAAUGCUACUGUUAGUGUUCAAUGGCUUCUUAAUGAUACUGUGUUUACUGAUGAUACACUGGAAGGAGUCACUGUUACUAAUAGUGGGUCUAUGGCCACAUUAUCAUUCAGUUCUCUUAAUGCUUCUACUCAUGAAAGAGAUGAUUAUACUUGUGUAGCUACUCUUAGUAUUCCUGAUGUACCAACAACUAAAACAGCAAGCAUGAUAUAUAACCUCCAGACAUUAAGUAAGCACAUGUUUCAUUAA